UUUAAGAAUAUACUCAUUUUUUUCUACUGGUGUUGAAUUAUAAUGCAUUCUUCAUUACACUUUGUUUUGAAAGCUUUAAAACUCCGAUGGAUGAUCUAUGAAUGAAAACCACGAGAACUUAAAGGUCAGGUUCAGUGUGUUAGUUAUUUAGAUCGUGGCAAGCAGGGUCGCAAGGAGAAUUUAUGGGCCCGGGUCAGGACAAAAAUUAAAUUAUAAGGCAUGCCUAAGGCAGACGCUUCUAGGAGGUAUGGGGAAUGCUCCCCAGAAAUAUUUGAAAAUUGUGGUUGCCUAAACUGCUUUGGUGGCAAUGGCGAAGAUAGAGGGGUCAGAGGGAGCAAAAACACCACUGUAGAGCUAAACUGCUAUUUGUCGGAAAACCUCUGCUGUUUUCAAAAACUUAACAUGGUUGUCUAUGUUUAUCUAAUUGCUAUGUUUUGAUGGAAAAAAUUUGAAUCUAAAUAAACAUAAGAAUAUUCAAUAUAUCAAAAGAUCUCAUUUUCAGUUCAGAGGUCGUUAUGUUAUGUUGCAAUUUAUGAGAAAAAUAUAGAAGCUUGUUAGAUUUUUGUCGGAAAUCCAUGUUUCUCACCCGUCCUGUGAAUUAGAAAGAAAAAGAAAAUAACAGGUACAAAUGAUAUGUUUAAAUAACUGAGAAUAGAAAACAAGUGGGCUAGGCACAAGAUUUAGGGAUAUUUAAUGGAAGAGAAAUAUAUUAUCACAAGUUCAUUUAAUACUUUAAGCAACUGUUUAUUCUGUUUCCUUCCAUGUGGCACUGUUUCAUUCAACCUCGCACUUCUUAAAUACAAUCGAAAUACAAUAUACGCAUCAAAUAUCAUACUUACGAUACCUGAUCUGCUGUUUGAUAUAUUUUGAGCAUAACUGAUAUCUUAGCACCAUAAUGCAUGAAAAUGAAAUUUUCUUAGAAAUUCUUAAAGUUUGGAAAAUGAAAAACGUUCAAUUCGUUAACUAAAUUGGACCACAACCGGCACACUGUUGCAAAUAGAUGCGAAUGCCAUAGUGUAAAUUUGUAUGACAUACAUAUUGCUCUGUAUGUUGCCCUGCAAUCACAUUGUUAGUAACAUUCAGAAGUUUUUGAACUCCUUCAGCCCAAGCUCAUAAAGAUGAGAAAUUCUUAACAAAAUUAUAUUUAACAAUGAGGCAGUCAACGACUUCAUGGACCUUUGUCAUUAUUGUCUCUAAAAUUAUGUUAUGUUGAUGUUGAUGGAGAGGCUUGAUUAUUACUUAGAAAUUUUUUUCGAUUGAGUUAUUAUUUAUUUGCCCCUUAAGCCAAGAGUCCCCGGGUCAGUGACCCCCCUGACCCCCCUUUCCUCAGCUUUUACCGACCAAUUCAUCUCAAGAUUCAUUUAGAUUCUGUAAAAGAGGGGGCAUUAAAUAGCAGCGCUACUAAUAUGACUAGGGAGACGUAACCCUCUUGUUCUCUGCACGAUCGAUUUUUCAUUCUUCUGAAUUUGAAGAGAAACUGUUCAAUGUUAAUUUUUCAAAGUAUAGAGCCAAUGCGGGAUUAUAAGAGAGGCGGGUAUUCAAGAGAGAACUCGGUAUUUUGGAAAAGUAUCCUUUGUAAUUUUUUUGAAACUGCCUUUACGUAACCAAUGUUAGUUAUGUACGUUCUCUCGGAAAUUCGCGUUUUCUCUUGGUAAAAGGGGGCUUUCCUACAGUAAAAUGAGCGUGACAUGAAAUUCUCAAUGUUUCCCCAAAACUGUCUAGUGACUAGCCCCGCCAGUUGGGACCAUUGAUGCCACAUUGAGUAUAGGCGAUAAAAGUUUUCCAUUUAAAAGAAACUGCAGCGCCCAUCAACAUCCCCCCCCCCCCUCGUACCCCUAUAGCCUUCAGAUAGUAAAUAAAGGAAAUAUCCUCGUACUCCUUGUUUACGCUUUUCAAAAAUUGCUUCGCUGUUUAUUUCCACGUCAUAAUUAGAUCAAUCCUGCCUCGGCUUGUUCUGUGAGCCCGCAUUGUUAUUUAUGGGAAUCACCAUGUGACGUAUAGCAGUGAGUGAGAGCUCCCUUGGGAAGUGAACGCAAGGUGCCAAACAAAGAUUGGUUUGCUAUGUUUCACGGACUUCCCUUCCAAACGCUUAGCGCUUACAAAAAUGAUAUUUAAAUACCUUUGAUCAAAGUAAAAACUUUUAUGAAAGCCUUUGAUCACAUCAAGCCAAAUAAAGCUUUGUAUAUGACUUGCGUGACAAAAAAUAAUUUGAGGCAGGUCUCCCUGUUGUUUUGUUGCACCACAAGGCGAUUCCCGCGCGAACCGUUGCACCACAAGGCGAACCGUUGGAUAUUGCAACGUUUGCUUUUAAGCCUAUGAGGUAAUUCAGUUGCAAAGUGAUAGUGCAAGGAUAAGCAUCAAAGAUUGAGCUGAUCGCCUUACCUGCAGACGUUCUCUGUAAUAAUGGGAAUGGCAAAAGCAUCAAAAUGCAAGCGGUCUUCCGUUAAGGAAAGAAGAGGCUCCAUUUAUCACAAUGAAAAUUACGAAAAAUUCAGGAAACUCACAUUCGAGCAACGAUUGUCUGUGAUAAUAAAUUCCCGGCCAGGAUUAAAUGGGACGCGUGGGAUAAUCAACCAUCCCAAGGAGGGGCAAACACGGAAUUCAUUUUACUUGUCGCGACAGGCUGCAGCAGCUGAAAACCAUACAGCGAAGGCUUUAGAUAAAAAGGAUGUACCAAUAGCUACAUCAAAAUCUGAACUAAUCGACUCAUCGAAAGAAAAUCUAGACGCUCAAGUUACGCAGCAUGAACGUCCAAAGCCCAAGAGUGUGGGACAGCUCUGCGAGAUAAAUUACAUAUCGCCAAGAAAUCAGUCGAGUGCAUCCCAAAAUCACAAUGGAAGCCAUAAAAAAUCUCCAAAGAAUUUUCGGUCUCCUUUCUCUCAAAAAGUUCCAACACCAAAAAAGGGUGUUUUGGCGAAUUGUACUCCUCGCAAAUCGGGCCCUGCUUUAAGUCAAGAACCAGUUCGCUUUACUGCCGAAGCGCGUUGGAAUAUACAACAUGGCUUGCCGUUGCCUCCAAAGGAAAGAAGAUAUGAGAUUUUAAGCUCAACCAAAGUAUCAGCAAACACCCCUAAAGCAUACCCAGGAACUUCUACAGAUUUGACUUCUUCUGGAAAGAAUAAGAAAUCUGUGCGCUGGGCAGAUGUUCUCGACGGUCGAAAAUCCGACGCCACCCGGCAACUAAACUUCGAGGCCGAGGUAGUUGAUCCAGCGACCACCCUCUCGAAGCCACCUACAUCAACUGCAAAGCCUGAGAAAGAAAGCAUUAUUUCCAGGAUUUUCCGCAGUCUGCAAAAUACCCAUAAUAGCGACCAUGGCCCUACCACGAACACUCCAGAAGCAACACGUGUGACCAACUCACAUACAACACCAAAGGUUACUCAUACAAUCGACAACAAAACUGAAAGCAAAGCCAUACCAAAGCCGUUUCAAGGCGCAAGUGUCGUUUCGGAUGAAAAACAUCAUCUGUCUAAAGACACUGCUAACUGGUACAGUGCUACUCCGCGUAACGACAACGCCGAACACAGUAGACAACCGCUAACCCAUGCUCAAACGCCAAAAGCCAAUGCUGAUAGUUCUUUUUCCCAACGCACGCCUCAGGCAGAGUUUGGUUUAGACCUGCCAGUGAUCAACUGUCCAAUGAUCAAACGAAGUUGGGCACGUACACCCCAUGCCAAAGAGGAAGAGGAAAGGAAAAACAGGGAUAAUUUGAACAUGGACAAUACAAUUGAUUACAAUUCUACUUUCUCAGCGACUGCUGCUGAAACUCAUUUAGCAGAUUCUAAAAAGACUGACACUAGUAGCACCAAUUGUCUGAAAGGAAGCGACUCCGACUUGUUUGCGCCAGACGAGUGGAGGUCCAAGUUUGAUAUAUCAAAAGGAAUUUUACAUGUUAUCGAUGACAUCAAUAAAUGGAACAUUCAAGAAGACAUGAAAAAGGUGUGUUCAUACAAAGGCAAACUUUCAAAAACUCCGGCUGGUAGUGCACAUAAAUCGAAAGAUGACGCACCUCUCUUACCCUCAUUUUCUUCUGAUAACACAAAUCGAAAUGCAGAUACAUUCAGUGAAACCUCUUUUUCCCCUGUUCACCCUCAACGGCAGCGUAAUAGUCCCAUUUCUGCUUCUAUUGUACCGCUCGCGUCAACGAUUUCUCCCUCGCCAAAUGUAAGUUCUUCAAAUAAUGGUUCUGGAGACGUGCUACUUAACUAUCUAGCUAAAUUACCAGAGCUGAAGAAUCACAAUGUUACAAAAACAUCAGAAAGUGGUAUGAUCUAUUCAACUGCUUCUUUACGAGGGAAUCAAGGGUUAGGUGGUGUUUCCAGUUUCGCUGGUGCUACUAAAGGAAAAGAAAUCGUUUACAAAAAUGCUGAUUCAUCGCCGACGACUUGCGGUGUAAAUCAGAAUAGUGCAACAAAGCCAACUUCACAAACCCAGAAUAGCCAAGACAGUACUUCACAAAAACGUCUUGACAGAUUCAUAUCAAGUAGCAGGAUCGCUGCCAUAGUGGAGGAGCAUCUUCGCCCAGUUCGCUCAGUGAUUGACAAUGCAUUUGCUUUGGAAAUCAGUCAGUACCAACAGUCAGCAGUUGAGCCUUCCAUACGUGAAAACUCUGACCAAUCUGUGUCCCGGAUAGAUGCAGCCUAUUUCUCCAAAGCCAACUCAGAUGUAUCGAGCCAGUCUAAUGGACAUACAGAGGGGCGCUUACAUUCAUCGGCGGGCAGUGCAUUCAGAAAAAUCUCAAAAGACUCGAAUUUCUCUCUAAAAGAGCGGCCUUAUGAUAGUUAUUAUGUUAACAUUCUGAAAGCUGAAAACGAAAUCAGUGCUGAAUACUCGAGUGUCAAGAUACUGGACACUGAGGUUGCUUUUCACACCAGAUAUCUGGAAGUAGCCCAACGACUUGGCGGAAGGAGAAUUGAAACAAGAGAUUGUCAUGAUCCCGUCUUCAAGAUCCUGACUCUCGGCGAUGCUUAUCAUUUCUUUCCGAUUGAUGAGCAAUGAUUUCACACAAAACUGGGGAUCUGUCACAGCUGUACAGAACAGUAGCAAUAGGCUGGCUUAUGAAGCUGAAAAGAUUUUUGUAAAAGAAGUAAGAUUUGACUUUACAAAAAGACAAUAUAUCUUGUAAAGGCUGUUAAGUAGAUUGUGUUUCCUUGAGAUUUCCUUAAGUAGAUUGGGUUCUAAUUUGUCAAUCCUGGAUGUUAACUGUAGACAGGGUCGCGGAGAACAUAACGGCUCUGAGGGCCUCAAAGGUUUUUUGAGGGGGAGGGGUGGGGGAACUAAACGCAGGAUUGAUUUUUGUAGGGUUCAAGUACAUUUUUUCAAUUAUUCGAGAGCCCCCCCCCCUACCCACCCCCCCCCCCCCCCCCCCGACUUCUGCGACUCCUGACUGUAACUACUAGUUUGCCAAAGAUUGUUAUUGCAAAUUCUAGUUGUAGUCUAAGCCAUGAUUAACCCAGUAAAGACAUUAAUUCAUUUCUUAGACAGUUGGGUUAAAACAGGUGCAUUAGCCUUUAAGAUUCGUGACAUUAAAUGGUCAAUAAGCUGUGUUGAUUUAGUGACUGUAACUGUACAUAGUUUGUCAAGAAAAUUAAAUUUAAGUAAAAAACUGCUUGCUUUGUUCUUCUAUCUGCACAUAACAAGGUUGCAUAUUCUGUACAAUUAUCUAAGUUUUUCGAGACCUAUUGAGUCAACCAACCGCAGCUAAAAAAUUGUCUCCAAAUUUUUUGGACAGAACAUUAUAUCUAUUUCCUAAUCUACAAUUUUACUGAUCGUCUUAUGUUGGAACCAGCUGACAGACCUGUGUAAGAAACAAUCGUUUCUUCGAAAAAGAAACCUCUGAAUCGAAAAAUGGCACCGAUCACAUUUACAAUUUAGAAUACAGCAAUUUUGAGAAGAGAGUUACACCUAAGUUGCUUUAUUCAUCAACCAGAGUUAACUUUGAUGAAUAUUUGAAGAUAAACACGAUAUUUUUACAGCACCAAAUCCAACGACACACCAACUAGGCAUUGAUACCCAGAAUUUUAUACCUAGAUAACUUAAAUUUUCCUCGA